AGAUUUUUUUCAUACAACAACGAUCGAUUGCCCACAAUACAAUCGAAUUAAUUAUUGUGAAUAUUUGUUAAACUACGUUUAACAGUUAAUCAUAAAAAUAUAAAAAAACAAACCAAACAAAGUAAGGUUUUCUUUGUUAGAAAAUAAGAAAAUGGGUCGAGUAUUUCUUGAGCACAUGGGUGGAGCUCGUCUCUUCUCCUGUUAUAAGUGCGAUACGUUUCUUACAAAUCGCAACGAAUUGAUUAGCACCAGAUUUACUGGUGCAACAGGUAGAGCUUUCCUUUUUAAUAAAGUGGUUAAUCUAACCUACAAUGAAGUUCAAGAUAGAGUUAUGUUAACAGGAAGACAUAUGGUUCGUGACGUACUUUGCAAGUUUUGCGGUGUUAAAUUAGGUUGGAUGUAUGAAUUUGCUACAGAGGAUAAUCAAAGAUAUAAAGAAGGUAGAGUGAUUCUUGAACGAGCUUUGGUCACUGAAAGUGAUGGUAUGGAGGAACGUACUGAUAAUAAUUAAUAUUUAAUUGUAACUGUAAUUAUUUUUUUAAUUUUUUAAGAUUAAAAUAGAUAUUAACUACA